UGCAGUUAUCACCAAUCGCCCGUAUCCGGCGUAGAUUGGAAUCGAAAAAAAUCUAAAAAUAACAAAUAUUUUGAAUUUCCAAACUAGCAGUGACGCGACUGCGAUAGCGACGUCUCGACUCUCGACUUCUCCCGGUCCCCAAUCCCAGACGUCGCGCACGGCGUACCACUGUACUAGACACUAGUGCACUACGCGACAUUCGUAUUUUCUUGCUCCGUGCUCCAAAGUCCAAAUCCGAGUUUGACGGCUACAAUUUUAUAUUUUGCUGAGGUUAAUUUGCUGCUGGUUAAUGUUUAGCCAAAGAGUAAAGUAAAUAGUUAUAUACUUAUAUAGUUUAGUUUCAUUUUACCUUCCUGAUAUUUAGAUAUAUAAUAUUAAGUACCAGUACGCCGGCCGUUUUUGUACCUACAAUUUUCAAGAGAAGCCUGCAGAAGCUUAUAUAUUCCAAAGCUAUAUAUUUCAUACCCACAAUUUAAAUAUGAAUAAUAAUAAAAAAAUAAUAAUAAUAUAACAAAGAGAAGAAAGAUUAGAAAUGAAAUGGCCAUGCUUGAACAAAUCUAUUCUACAUCAGAUAUAAAUUAUGAGGAAAUAUCUACAGUUAGUGAUGAUGAUACAGAUAAACCAUUGGAUGAUGCUGCUGAUGAACUUUGUGAAGAAUUACAUAGUAGUAUAUAUUAUGAUAAUAUUAAUAUUAAUAUUAAUAAUCAUAGCACAUUGUCUAUCAACAACGUAUUAAUCAAUGAAAAUGUAAAUAACAGUAGUCCAGCCAGAAGCCCAGAUUACACUUUUAAAGAAGAUCUUAGUGCCUGGGCUAUCCAAUGUAACAUCUCUCACAUUGCACUCAAUAAAUUGUUGAAAGUUCUUAAGAAAAAUAAACAUAUUUACACAGAUAAUUUACCUAAUGAUAGUAGAUCAUUGUUAAUAACACCUAAAUCAACUGGAUUAAAAUUACUGCCUGUUAAUCCUGGAAAAUAUUUUCAUUUUGGAUUAGAAUCAGGACUUCUUCGUUAUGCCACUUCUAAUUUAAGUGAAAUUAAAGUAGCAAUAGGCAUUGAUGGCCUCCCAUUGUCUAAAAGUAGUAAUAGCCAGUUUUGGCCCAUUUUAGCCUAUGUGAUUGGACUACCAACUAAACAAGUAUUUCCUGUAGGAAUAUAUCAUGGAUACGAGAAACCUAAAGAUAGUGACUUGUUUUUAGAUGAAUUUGUUAAAGAAGCUCAACAUCUUGUUAAUAAUGGCAUUAAAAUUAAUGAAACUACUUCAAUAAAAGUAAUUAUUGAUGUAUUUUGUUGUGAUGCACCAGCUCGUGCAUUUCUUCUUAAAAUAAAAUAUCAUUCUGGGUUUUUUUCUUGUUCACGUUGCAUUAUUGAAGGUGAAUACUAUAAAAAUCGUGUAUGUUUUCCCUAUUCUAAUAAAGAAAUAACUAAAAGAACUCACGAAUCGUAUACAAAUCUUAUGUAUGAAGAUCACCAUACUUCAACAACACCAUCCAAGUUGAUAGAAAUUCCUUAUUUAAAUUUAGUGUCUUCGUUUUCAAUGGACUACAUGCACUUGACUCUUCUUGGUGUUACAAGGAAAUUAAUAUUAUUAUGGUUGAGUAAAGGUCCAGUUAAUGUUCGUCUGAAUAGUUUGUCUAUUGGAAAAUUAAAUAAGUCUUUAUUAGACAUUAAACAAUACAUCACCAGUGAUUUUGUCAGAAAAACUAGGCCAAUUAAUGAAAUUAACCGCUGGAAAGCUACAGAACUUCGUUUAUUUUUAAUUUACAUUGGUCCCAUUGUCUUGAAAAAUGUAGUGAAAUAUGAAGUUUAUAUUAACUUUAUGUCAUUUAAUGUAGCAAUGAUGAUUUUAUUAAGUCCUGAUCACAGCCAUAUUGUACAAUUUGCAGAUAAACUACUACAUUAUUUUGUUGAGUCUUUUGAGAAAUUAUAUGGCACCGAACAUGUAUCAUUCAAUGUGCAUGGUUUAUUACAUCUAAUUGAUGAUUAUCAUAGGUUUGGGCCAUUGGAUAAUUCUAGUGCAUUUGUUUUUGAAAAUUUCAUGAAAGAACUAAAAACAAAAGUACGAAAACAUGAUCAAUGUUUAGAACAAGUCAUUAAUAGAUAUUCAGAACUGCAAAACAAUGUCAACCCGGAACAACACAAUAAUUUAGAACAAAAGUUUCCCAAACUUGAACAUAUACACCAAAAUGGACCUGUAGAAACCAAUUUAACUGGCACCCAAUACAAAUGCCUCAAACUAGAAAAGUUUAAAGUAAAUGUGGAUAGUGAAAAAGAUUGUUAUAUUCUGUCUAAAUCUGGAGAAGUAGUUAAAUGCAUGAAUAUAAUAAACUCAACUCAUCAAGGUAUAAUUAUUCUGGGAAAAGUGUUUAAUUCAGUAUUACCAUAUUAUAAUAAGCCGAUGGAUUCAUCCAUAUUUAAUAUAUUUGUAGUAAGAAAUAUAUCUGAUACUUUAAAACAUUGGAUAUUGACAGAUAUUAAAAAAAAAAUAAUGAUUAUACAACAUGCUGAUCAAAUUAUAGCCAUACCACUAAUACAUACUGAAUGUUAAAAUUCAAAUCAUUAAUUUAGGAUUUAAAUGUUGUAAAUAAUGUACAUAUAUAUAACAAUGGACUCAUGGAUUGUUGUCAAUUAUUUGGAGGAUGAAUCGGUUGAAGCAGUACCAAACUUUUGGUAUCAUCAAAAUAAAUGUAUUUGGCC